AUGACCGGCGCCGCUUUCUUCCCCGCAGACACGGAGCGGGAGCGGGAGGACGCCCAUCCCGUGCAGUGGGUCGGCACUCCCGCCGUCAAGGGGCCACCGUGGGCACGCCGGCCCUUGCUCACAGUCGGCAUGCUCGGCAUACAGUGCGUGUGGUCGAUAGAAAUGGGCUACGCCUCCCCAUACCUCCUCGAGCUCGGCCUCUCAAAAUCAUUCAUGUCCCUCGUCUUCAUGGCCGGCCCGCUGUCCGGCCUCAUCGUCCAGCCCCUCGUAGGCAUCUUUGCAGACCGCUCCCGUUCAGCUCUUGGCAGAAGACGGCCGUUCAUGCUGGCUGGCUGUGCAGUCUGUGUCUCUGCCAUGAUGCUCUUGGGAUGGACCCGCGAGAUUGCGGGCUUCUUUGGUGCUGGGCAGUGGAUGGCUAUCGCGCUCGCAGUAUGGGCCAUCUACUGCGUCGAUUUCAGUAUCAAUGCGGUGAUGAGUACGGACAGGGCGCUGGUGGUGGAUACGCUACCGCCAAAGGAGCAGGAGGAAGGGUCUGCCUGGGCUGGGAGAAUGUUUGGAUUUGGCAGUGUUGCUGGGUUUUGGGUAGGGACACUGGACUUGACGGGAACGCUGCCGUGGCUAGGCAAGACGCAGCUGCAGAUCCUGUCGUUCAUUACGAGCAUCAUCCUGAUGGUAACCCAUACAUUUACCUCUUGGGCUGUUUCUGAGCGAGUCUUGUUGCGGGACGACCGGCCUCAAUCUCAAAGUGGUUUGAAAUCCAACCUCAAAGCUAUUUGGGAAAACAUGUUCUCUUUGCCCACCGGUAUCCGGACUGUCUGCUUGAUCCAAUUCUUUGCUUCCCUGGGAUGGUUUCCUAUUCUCUUCUUUACCACCGUCUGGGUGUCCGAGAUUUACAAAGCGUCCGUACCCUCGGAAGGGAUCGACCAGGCCGUCUUUGAAUCAGACGCCGUCCGUUCUGGCUCUCGCGCCCUCCUACUACAGGCAUUAGUCAACAUUGUCACCUCCAUCGGCAUGCCUUUCCUCGUAUCCGAAUCAGGGAUACAAGCCGAAGCUCAGACAGGCGGCCAGUAUGCCCCCAUCGGUCUUGGGAUCAACGGCACAAUGUCUGAAGCUCCACCCAGCUCGGCUACCUGGAAACGGACGCGCCAAGGUUUCGCCGGGAGCAGCUUUACCCAAAAGACCAUCAUCAGGCUGAAAGACCUGCUAGACGACGUGAAAAGUGGGGAAUGGGGCUUGCCGAUCAAGGGCUUGACGUUGGUUAGGGUCUGGUGGGUAUCGCAAUUCGUCUUUGCCGGGGCUAUGGCUGCCAGCUGGUUUGUUACCACUGUACACGGUGCCUACGCCGUCAUCGCCACAACAGGCUUCUGCUGGGCUCUAUCGCAAUGGGCGCCCUACUCUCUCCUCGGCGAGCUGAUCCUCAUCGACGGCACCGCCCCUCGCGAUGAGACCAUCGGUCUCGCCCCAAUGGCUUCUUCCGAAGUAGGCCCUUUAUUCACCCUUUUCCAAGCUGGCGAGGAAGAUGAGGAAGAGGAAGAUUCCACCCCACUCCACCGCUCCGACAUUUCAUCCCGUUCCACCCCUCUCUACUCCCGGUAUCCUUCACGCACAUCACCCAAUCCCUCACGCGGUCCUAGUGCGCCGCCCAGCCCAGACGAGAAGAAACCAAAGGGACACAGGCCGCAGCUGUCGCUUUCCCUCCAGAGUGGACUUUCACCCCUGGUGAUACAGGGCGAGCAGCCAGUCGAGCCGCCGCUAGGCUCCACCGUCGUCCUUCGGCACUCUGACGAUUUCUCAUCUUCUUCCCCGACAACCUCACCUUCACAUCUACGGCACAACUCGACCUCUUCCCAUUUCUCCCGUGCCGGUCGAGACUCGCCAGAAGCAGGAGCAGAGGAGAGCACAGCAGACAAGGCAGGUGUGAUAUUGGGUAUCCACAAUGUGUUCUUGGUCUUGCCACAAUUCAUCGUGACGGUGCUUAGUGCCGUCAUCUUUUGGCUCAUGGAGCCUGACCGCACACUACCGGUCCAUCACCCCGGUACCGUCCCCAUGACCAACACCACUGCUGCGGCUGAAGUGGAAGAUGCCGUGGGCGAAAUACUCAAGAGGGGGCUGGAUGCUUGGAAGAGAGAGAUUGAGCCCGAGGUAUCGUCCCCGGAUGCGGUGGGGCUGAUAUUCAGGAUCGGGGGUGUCAGCGCGGCUACAGGGGCGUGGAUCUGUUGGAGGAUGGCGCGGAAUUGGAAAAAGGGAAAGGGACUGUGA